AUGAUACGAUCUCCUCGUCCAGGGAUUCGAGUGCUGUUGAGAGGUGCUUAUGCUAUAGGAAGUGAAUUGAGUCCUUAUGUUUUUCAGGUAACGUCCAACUUCUUUAGCAAUACUCCUGAAGAACAUCAGAAUGAAACCUUGGAACAACAAAUCAAACUGUAUUAUAGAAAGAGGAUAUCCUUCCUUAACCCUGAGAAGUUUUACGGGAAGUAUGCAAAUAGGGAGUAUAAAGAACAAGAACGUCCAUGGGUCCCACCGAUGAAUUUUGGGACUAUCAUAAAUCAAAACACAAUUCAAGUGCCUGUGAAAGGAUCCAUAGUGGAGAUAGUUGAUCCUACCGAUUCAAAGAUUAUAUUUGGGGUUGUGAUACGGGAGCAACAAGCCAGAUUCGAUGAAAAGAUUAAUAAGUUACUUGUUUUAACUUCCGAGAAUGAAAUUAUACAAGUUCCUCCUAUAUAUAUAAAGUUUCAUUUAUAUCUGAUAAUACCCAAUAGUUAUAUUUCAUUUCAAGAUAUUCUUGACAACAGACAUGAUCCUGAUAAUCUGGAGAGAUCCAGAGCAGUCGAAUUAUUGCGAUUAUUUAUUGAGGAGGCAUGGGAGUUAAUGGACAGGCUUAGACCUGAUUAUUCUCGGUUGUUUCUACAAAUUGCCAGGGAUAGGAUCCAAGCAAUAUCACUCACAGAAAUAAUUGAAAAGAUUAAAUUCAAAGAAGCUGUGGUUAUAAAAUCAAGCGAACUGUAUUUCAAUCAAGGUAUUCUCCUAACAGCAUUACAUUGGGGUUUAUUGCAAACAACUCACUGGUUGGUGCCGAACUAUAUGCAAAAUAGUCUAACAUCAAAUAUUUAUCUUCAUGGCCAUUCAAAUAGUUAUAUUUCGUUUGACUCAAUAAAACACUUGUGUAAUCUCUUAUCUUCGAGUUAUCUAUUAAAGUUCAGAACUGUGGAACAUGAUCUAUCAUUAAAAGAGAUGAAUUCCUUCUUGAAUGACUUCUAUCAACAACAGCUUAAAGCUAAAGGACUGGCUUCUGAUAUAGAGGUUUAUUUUUAUGUUCAAGAAGGAAGGAAAUAUAAGUAUUUAUUUGAUGUCUUGAAAUUUGUUUUAAUUUAUCCCCAUCCUUCCAUAAUGAGACAUCUUAUUUCUUUAGAUGUUUUCAAAAAUAUAAAAAAUCCAAGUGAUAUAUAUCAAAUACUCCAAGAAUUAGGAAUUUAUGAUAAUGAGAAAAUCACUGAUCCAUUAUUAUCGCUGGGUUUAUGUGGCAAAUAUACCCAUUUCCUAAGUUGUGCCGACGUUAACGAGCUUGAUUCCUCCUCUACAGAAGAAGCUGAUUAUUUUAAACGAGACCUAUUUAAGCAAUUAAGAGGAGAACGCAAAUAUUAUAACGAUGAUAUUAUAAUUGGAUUACCAUUGGAUAAUAAACACGAAUCUCUGACACAGUUGGGUAUAUGA